UGCCCAUACUCACCAUGGCAAUCCACCAAGUAGUUUUGGGUAUAGCGCUGUUCAUUGCCUUGAAUGAAACAUUUGGGCGUGAGAUUCCCAAUGUGGGUAUUGUUGGUGGAAGAGAGGCUGCUCCCAACUCUCGUCCCUACAUGGCAUCCCUGCAGUCCCAAGGUCAGCAUGAGUGUGGAGGAGUUCUGGUGAGAGAGGAUUUUGUCCUCACUGCUGCUCACUGUAAUCGGAAAUACAGGGUGGUUCUCGGGGUUCACGACUUGUCGGUGGAGGAAAAAUCAAAGCAAGUAUUCGAUGUGGAUCGCUCCAUUCCACACCCCAUGUAUAAUAAACCAAACAACGACAUCAUGCUUCUCAAGUUGAAAAAGAAGGCCACGCUGACUCCGGCAGUGCAGCUGAUUCCACUGAUGAACGGUCCGAUAGCCAAUGGGAUCAUUUGCAGCACUGCUGGCUGGGGGGACAUAGAUGAUAAUGGCACCGAAAUAAACCAACUUCAGGAAGUCAAUGCCACCAUUGUCCCACCAGAGGUGUGUGCCCAAAGACUGGCGCCCACAAAGAUCUCCAGCGGUAUGGUGUGUGCAACAGGACCCAGUGGUUUCCAGGGCUUCUGCUCGGGGGACUCAGGAGGUCCAUUGGUGUGUAAUGGGAAGUUAGCAGGCAUUGUCUCUUUCUCAAAGAAUCCAUGUGCAAGCCCCUUUUAUGCUGACGUGUACACAAGAGUGCCUGCUUACAUCAAGUGGAUUGACGGUGUGUUGGCUGAAAAUCCUUAAGAUUCUGUAAGCCACCCAUGUUGAAUUGUGCACACAAUCUCACUUUACCACCAGGGGCUCAAGCUUUAUAAUCAUGAUGGUGAUUGGUCAAAGAGUUUUUAUGGCUAUGCUAAUGAGUUAGGUUGCCUGUUAAAGAAUGUACUGGGUGUGGUAGGUGAUGCAGCGCCAGGUGUCCCAGUAAGAGGACAAGAAUAGGGCAGAGAGACAUUAGGUUUCAGUU